AUGCACCUCUUUGGCACAGAAGAGCCUGAGGAGCAAAGCACUUAUUUCUCUGCAUAUGCAAAAUACUUUGAUGAAAUCAUCUGCUCAACACAAGAAUUGCUGGACAUGUUUCUUCCCUCAAUUUCACCAACUGAUGUCACUCGGCCUGUUUUGGACAAUCUCAUUGUCAAGUUACAGUGGAUUCAGCAUGGCUUCCACCCAGUCCAAGAACUGAGGGUGCAUCUCGACACUCCAUGCCCCCUAUUUACUGAACUUAGCAUGAUUGUGAUCAUGGGAAAUUGGAACACUUCCAAGAUCACAGUGUGCAAACAGGACAACUUUGGCAAUGACAUCAAUUACAGUCCAGCCCUUGCAGAGGUGAGGGUUGGGUUAGCAAAGUUGUUCACCAAUGACUGGGAGAAAAAGCAGAAGGACCAAAUCAAGCUGCUCUUCGAUGCCAUUGGUGAUGUCAAAUGGCUGGACACCUUCCAGACCUUCUUGAAGGCCUAUCACAUUGAACUUGAUGGUACUAAGCCAUCAUUGGCUCAACCCAAAGCAAGCAUUGCUGCACUCAAUGCAGGUCUUGAUGGAUGUGUUUCAGAAGAGAGGAAAAGUUACUUCUGCAACAUUCACAAUAUCCUCUGUUUCACCCCUUUCCCCUGGGAGCAACUCACUCCUAACAAAUAUUCUCAAACAUUCAUCACUGACAUGCUUCUUGAGCAAAGUGUGCUUGAUUUAUUCCAAGGUUUUGGUCCAUGUGCAAAGUCUCAAGCCCCCUGGCUGUAUUGGGAUGGCAUGGAGAGUCAACCCAUCCUGUCUCCUUCAAAUCCAUUAUUGGCACUGAUGCCCAAGGAGUAUGCUGGUGAAUCAUUGGAGACAGCAGUGGAAUGGGCUGCAAGUGCACCACAUAUCACAGCCCAAAAUGUUAAUGCCAUGCAGAAGAUUGUCAAGCUAAUAUCUGUGCCAACACUGGGGUUGUGUGAUGGUGAAAGCACUGCCAAGCUUGACCCUGACCUGAAAAUGCCCUUGGAGAAUUUUUUGAUGAGUCUUGCAGCAGUAACAGUCAAAAAGACCAUGUGCUUGCAGGAGCCCACUGCAGACCUGACCCAUACAGCUCCAUUCCCCAUGAUCCAAGAACUUCUUGGGACUGCUGGCUUUGGGUCAGAUUUCCAAAGCCUGCAAUAUCUGAAUCCCCUUGAGGCUCAAGAAUUCUGUGCAUCACAUCAUGCAUUGAAUUUGCAUGAUGAAUCUUCUGCCCACAGUGGGCCAUCUGGUUCAGAUAAAUGGCUGACUCCUGAUGAUGGCUUUGACACUGAUACACACCACAAGAAGCAAGCAAGGACAUCAGGAGCUCCAGAUGGUGGAUAUGACCUGCUAGUGAAUGUGACAGCUGCAGAUAAGCUGCAGCAGAUUACCCACACACCUGAGCAGUGGGCAACUGUCAUCAAAGCCCUCAGUGCUACUUCAAAGUCCAAUGUGCCAGUUGAUCUGAAGGAAUCCACCUUGGAGGCACUCUUAUUUACAAUCCAUCACUCUAUUAGGGCUAAUCCCACAGAUUUGGCCAUUCUCUUGGAUUGGGCAAAGGCCCUUCAACACUUCCCCACUGAUCAUGACAUCUAUAUGUGGAUCAAGGGAACCUGGGCCAAUCAUCCUGUUGUCUGGAAGGUGGUUGAGGGUCCAUUGCAACAGUGGGCUGAUGAUGUGAUGAGUAACUUGCACAGAAUGGAUGAGGAUUGA